AUGGCUUUCCAAUCACACAUUCAACUUUCUUGUCUCUCAAUUAUCACAUUUUACAAUCUUCUGGCAACUUCUUAUGCAACUGCACUAAACUUUAAUAUCGCCAAAAUCGGUCCCAAAAAUCUCAACGUCGACCUAACCACCUAUGGAGACGCUUACAUCUCCUCCAAUGGCAUCCACCUCACGGCGGACAAGUAUGAUACCAACUUAAAUUAUAGAGCCGGCAAAGCUACCUACUUCAAACCACUUCACCUCUGGAACAGUUUUUCCGGCAAGUUGACGGACUUCACCACCUAUUUCUCCUUCCUGAUGGAUUCGGAUGGAAGUUCAAUUUUCGGAGAUGGGCUUGCAUUCUUCCUUGAACCUUGGGAUCCCAGCAACACCGCAGGCACCACUACGGGCGGUGCCAUUGGGCUUCCAAUCGAUAUAUCGACAUUGGAAACCCCUAGUCCAUUUGUCGCUGUGGAGUUUGAUAACUUUUAG